AUGGAUGGAGCGGCUGAAGAAUGGUUUCAUUGGAUGGAUAGGAGCCAGAGACUAACAACUUGGGAUGCCUUCAUAGUAGCACUACGAUCCAGGUUCGGCCCGUCCAGAUAUCGAGAUCUCAGAGGUGAAUUAGGGAGAUUGACACAGCAUACAACAAUAGAAAAUUAUCAAAAAGAAUUUGAACGGUUAUCCAACCAAAUCAUAGGAAUUAAUGACAUUUCCUUACAAAGUUAUUUUGAGAAUGGUCUAAAAUCGGAGAUUCGAAAAGAGGUUCGAAUGCACUUACCAGAGUCGUUGCAGAAUGCUAUUGAGCUAGCUAAGGUGGUUGAGGAUAAGUUGAGUGAUAGAGCUCCUGCACGCUUGGGGUAUCAGAAAUUUUUUUCCAGUAAUCAGGUAGUUAGACCUCAACAGGGUUUACUGCCCACACCAAACAAAGGAGUGGUCAACGCGGCUGGAUCGUCCAGAGAUACCAUUCCCAUUAAACGCUUGUCAGCUGCAGAAAUGAUGGAAAAAAGAGAAAGAGGCCUAUGCUACUAUUGUGAUGAAAAAUUUCACAGGAACCAUGUCUGCAAGGGAAAUAUGUUGUUAAUGAUGAUCCAAGAAGGUGAAGAGGAGGAAAAAGAUGAGGAAUUGGAAGUUACCAAUGAGAAAAUUGGGGGUGAGGAAGAAAUACCUGGCAUUAGCUUACAUGCCAUGGAUGGCCAAUAUUCUUCUAGGACACUACGGUUGAGAGGAGUCAUCAAUAAGAAAACGGUCCAAGUGUUGGUAGAUGGAGGAUCUACUCAUAAUUUUGUGCAAGAGAGGAUGGUCAAAUUUCUUGGGCUGGAAGUAAAACCCAUCACUCAGUUCCAGGUACUAGUGGGCAAUGGAGCACGCUUGGGGUGUAAAGGAGUCUGUCAACAGAUAGGACUGAACUUACAAGGACACAUGUUCUUACCAGAUUUAUUUGUGCUCCCAAUCCAAGGAGCUGAAGUAGUGUUGGGCGUUCAAUGGCUGUCCGAGUUUGGAGAUGUGACUACCAACUACAAUAAUCUGGUUCUGAAAUUUGAGAGAGCAGGAAAACUGAUUGAGCUACAAGGGGAGAGUAGGUUGCAGGUGGAACCCAUCGAGUUACAUCAACUUCGAAAACUGACACAUUCUGAUGCUGUGGCCACCUACUUCCAAAUGCAGACUAUUGACCACCAAUAUUCAGCAGACCCAUAUGAGGAGAAAGAUUGCCACCCAUUGAUACAACCAGUGUUACAUGAGUUUGAAGAUAUCUUUGAAAAACCAACACAACUACCACCCAUAAGAUUGGAGGAUCACCGAAUCCAUUUGGAGCCUGGAACCAAGGCAGUGAAUGUUAGACCCUACAGGUACCCUUAUUUUCAAAAAUCAGAAAUUGAAAAGAUGGUUAAAGAGAUGUUGGAUACCGGAGUUAUAAGGCCUAGCUUGAGUCCCUUCUCUUCCCCAGCCUUAUUGGUCAAGAAGAAGGAUGGAACUUGGAGGUUCUGUAUUGAUUAUAGAGCUUUAAACCAAGUCACCAUUCCGACCGUUUUCCAAUUCCCACAGUAG